GCGUGGCGUUACGUCCCGCCUCUCUCCUAGCGGUGCCUCAUUCUUCCUUCCUUUUGUGACUCUGCGCGCGUUUUGUUGGCUGCGGGGCUGAGGUGGGAAUGUGUAGGGCGCGGGAGGUUGCCCACUGCCGCGUCGGGGCGAGAGAUGAUGUCCUCCUUCCUUUCCUCAGGCCUGGGAGCUGAGGCCCGAAACGCGCGUCCGGGGCAUGGCGUCCCCGGAGGCUGUAGCCGCUCAGACUGAGAGCGCAGAACGCGCGCCCUGGGCGCACUUGGAGGCCCCCGCGCGGCUCCUGCUGCAGGCGCUGCAGGCGGGGCCGGACGGGGCGCGGCGCGGCCUGGGGGUGCUGCGGACGCUGGGCAGCCGCGGCGGGGAGCCCUUCGGCUGGGACCGCCUCCUUGAGGCGCUGUGCCGGGAGGAGCCCGUAGUGGAAGGCCAGGACUGUCGCCUGCAGCUGAAACCGCUGCUGUUGCGAUUGCCAGGGUUAUGCCAGAAGAACCUGAUGUCCCUGUUGAUGGCUCUUAGGUCAUCGUUGCCUGAAAGCAGGCUCCUCCCUGUGCUUCAGAUUGCAAGGGAGGACCCAAGCCCUGACCUUGAUGCCUGGCUCCGGGCCCUAGGGGAGUUGCUGCGAAGAGAUUUGGACAUUGGGAUCUCCACUGAGGGAGCGUUCCCACUGUCUAAAGGGUGCCAGAGACAGCUCCAAGACCUGUGUAGGCGGCUGGGCCCGGGGAACCGGGGGGUAAAGUUGCCCCCAUCUCCAGAUCCCAAAGAGGAAGAAGAAGAGAAGAACAAGGACUCCCAGCGGCCUGGGAAACGUAGAAAGGAGCCCGAGGAAGAGCCUGCUAGUCCUGAGGGGAAGAGGGCCCCCAAAAAGUUUCGGUGUUUGGAAAGGGAAGAAGAGGAAGGUCAUGAGAAGGAGAGAGCUGAAUGUGAAUCUUUGGAAUCCCUGGCAGAUGAAGGAGGCGCAUCACUCAUUAAGAACCAGCUUGUGGGGGCUGAGCCCAGUGAGGCUGGUCAGAGUCUAGAGGAUGCUAAUGGCUCAGCUGAGAGUUUGGAGUUGCCCAAAGCUAUCCAGAGGUUGGACGGGUUGGAAGACUCACCUCCAGUUGAGCUGCAGCUUCUCCAUGAAUGUAGCCCCAGCCAGAUGGACCUGCUGUGUGCCCAGCUGCAGCUCUCCCAGCUCUCGGACACAGGUCUCCUGCAGCUCUGCACCUGGCUGCUGUCCCUUUCACCGGAUCUUAGCCUCAGCAAUGCCACUGUGCUGGCCAGGAGCCUCUUUCUUAGACGAAUUCUCUCCCUGACUUCCUCAGCCUCCCGCCUGCUCACAACUGCCCUAACUUCCUUCUGUGCCAAGUAUACCUACCCUGUCUGCAGAGCCCUCCUUGGCCCCGUGCUCUGGGCCCCAGAAACAGGUCCAGCUCAAACAGAGUUACUGUGUUGCCUUAUGCAGGACGAGGCCCUGGAGCCAGACAUGCAGGUUUUAAUACUGGGACAGAUCUUGGAGCUACCCUGGAAGGAGGAGACUUUCUUGGUGUUGCAGGCACUCCUAGAGCAGCAGGUGGAGAUGACCCCCGAGAAGUUCAAUGUGUUGAUGGAGAAGCUCUGUAAGGAGGGGCUGACAGCCACCACGUCCAUGGCCUAUGCCAAGCUCAUGCUGACGGUGAUGACCAAAUAUCAGGCCAAUAUAACCGAGACCCAGAGGCUGGGCCUGGCCACAGUCCUAGCAGUCAACACCACUUUCCUGAGGAAGUCCCUGCAGGCCACCCUGAGACAUAUGGCCCCCUGACCUUCCACUAAGGGACCACCCUCCUAGAGCUCCCUCAUCAGCUUCCUGAACAACACUUCUGCCCUCAGCAUCUCACCCUGACCCCUUGUCUGGGGGUAAAGACUGAGCCUGACCAUCCCAGGGAUCAACUGCCUCCCACUUCCAGGCUGCAGAGAGGCUAUCUUGGCCUCCCAACCAGCAGGGAGGAUCCUAAGCUGAGGAGGCUGGAUGAGCUGGAUUUCGAAGGGCUGUUGACUCUUCCUGGCUCCCUCCUUGUUACUUCUCCCUCAAGCUGCGGACAGAAACUUUCCUAUAGGCCUCUGUAGAGUCACAGCUGACCCAGAGUAGAUGAAAGAUGUUCCAGCAGCCCUGGGAGACCUGUAUGCUUAACACAAAUCUCUUGUGCUCAAGUAUAUAUUAUGAUCCUCUGUGUUCCUGUUUCUGACUUGAAUAAUUUAUCAAUGGUAUUUAAUAAAAAGGAAGUUCAAUGAUGUCAUAAUAAAAGUGCCUGCCUUCCUAUUAA